GAUUGCAGUAAUCGAAACAUUUGCUCCAAAGUGUUGUGUGUAGUAAACGAAAGCAGAAAAAUAAUGUUAGAAAUGAGGACAAGUGUUUUAGGUCUGCUUAAGGUUUUGUCUAGUUUCGAAUUGAGGCUCUCUUCCUUUCUCUCUACUUCUGGCUUCAAUCCACAUACACAUACACACACACGCACACACACACACAUAUAUAUAUAUAUAUAUAUACACACACAACACACACACACACACACACAUACACACCGUUUAUCCUUACCUCACUGCUUUCAUCCAACCUCCCAUUUAUUCGGGUUUUUUUUUUUUUUUUUUUUAACCAUUAACUUAUAAUCAUUGGCUAAAAUGUAAUCAUUGGCCAAG